AUGGGAGACAAAAUAGAAUUACAACCAUCGGUUGAACCCGUUGUUUCAAUUACCAAGGAGGACUUGGAGGACAAAAACAAGCAUGUUUUGACUACGAUUGUGUCACCUGGAGGAAAGAAGAUUGAGAUUACAAACAAUGUUGACGUGGCAAUGAGAUUUGCAAUCCAACAUAAGGGCGAACUUAAAGAAUUGGAUUCAGCUACCGAUAAGAGAAUUUUGCGCAAAAUCGAUAGGUAUUUACUUCCAAUUUUGUGUUUGUUAUAUUGUUUCCAGUUCAUGGAUAAGUUAACUACAAGUUACAGCGCGAUCCUAGGUUUGAGAGAGGAAUUGGGCAUGGUUGGAGACAUGUACAGUUGGACAGGAACAUCUUUCUAUAUUGGAUACUUGUUUUUCGAAUUUCCUGCGUCAUUACUACUUCAAAGGUUUCCCGUUACCAAGACUGUUGGUGCGUUUAUCAUCACCUGGGGCACCAUUCUUGCAUUGUGUUCUGUCCCGCGGUACCCUGGUUUCAUUGCGUUGAGAACUAUUUUGGGUAUGCUUGAGCUGUCCGUUACACCUGCAUUUGCGAUUAUCACUUCCCAGUGGUACAAGAAAGACGAACAGUUUUUGAGAACGGCUUGCUGGUUUGCAUCGAACGGGCUUGGCACCAUUAUUGGCCUGUCCAUAGCCUAUGGUUUGUAUGGAAACCAAAACAGCUAUAGUUUACCCGCUUGGAAGUUAGUAUUUGUUGUGACUGGUGUCUUGACAAUCUUUUUGGGAUUUCUUAUCAUUGUUCAUGUGCCUGAUACCCCAACAAAAGCAUGGUUUCUUUCUGAAGAGGAGAAAAUUUUGGUUGUUGAAAGGAUUAGGUCCAAUCAACAAGGAUUUGGUAACCCAAGGUUCAAGAAAGCGCAAUUUAUUGAAGCCCUAACUGAUCACCGCACAUGGCUAUUCUUUUUUUUCUCCGUAUUUCAAAUGAUUCCCAAUGGUGGAAUUACAAGCUUUGGAACAAUAUUGUUGAAUGAACAAUUUGGUUUUGACACGGGAACAUCACUCUUGAUGUAUUUCCCAUCAGGCGUGGUUGAGGUUAUUGGAUGCAUUGGUUUUGCGUGGUCCUCGAGGUUUGUCAAGUCACGUAUGUUGGUUGCAAUAUUUUGUGGAUGUAUUACUGUAAUGGCAGGCUCGUUGUUGGCAUUUGCACCCACCAAUGAAGGUAAACUUGCGGGCCUAUAUUUGUACGAUCUUAGUAUCGUGUGUUUUAUUUGUAUAUUGUCACAAGUUGCUUCAUCAGUUGCCGGUCAUACUAAAAAGAUCACCGUCAAUGCGAUAUUCUUGAUUGGGUACUGUGUUGGAAAUUUGAUUGGCCCACAAACGUUUGUUGACAGCCAGGCGCCUGUCUAUGCUGGUGCCAAGAUUGCAAUUGUUGUGUGCAGUACUAGUGCACUCGCUUGUUUGGUGGGAAUUUACGUAUCUUACUACAUGGAGAACAAAAGACGUGAUUCAUUACCACCUGUAGAUAUGAGCCACUUUGAAAACUAUGAAUUUGCCGAUUUGACAGACAAGGAAAAUCCUAAUUUUAGAUACGCACUUUAG